UCUCUGCUCUGCGCCCCAGUUCCUGUGGGAAAAACAAGUGUUUUGGUUGCAAGUGUUCGGUGGAUUCCCAAGCAGACGCCUCAGUUCUGUGCCAUCCAGAGCCAAUGGAUACGACCAGGGUUGCAGUUAUUGGUGCAGGAGUGGUUGGGCUCUCCACAGCUGUCUGCAUUUCUGAAUCCAUCCCACAAUACUCCAUUGAUGUUAUUUCAGAUAAAUUUACACCUGACACCACUAGUGAUGUAGCCGCUGGAAUGCUCAUGCCUCAUGCUUAUCCAGAUACACCAGUUCACCUGCAGAAGCAAUGGUUUCAAGAGACCUUUGACAGAUUGUUUGCAAUUGCUAAUUCAUCAGAAGCUGUAGAAGCUGGCAUUCAGCUGGUAUCUGGCUGGCAGAUAUAUAGAAGCAUGCCCCCCCCAGAGAGGCCCUUCUGGGCUGAUACCGUGCUGGGAUUUCGAAAGAUGACUGAAGCGGAACUGAAGAAAUUUCCGCAGCAUGUAUUUGGCCAAGCUUUUACGACCAUGAAAUGUGAAAGCCUCUCCUAUCUGCCGUGGCUAGAGAAAAGGUUAAGAGGAAGUGGAGGCCAGGUUCACACCAGAAAAGUAGAAGACCUGUGGGAGCUAUAUGGUGCCUAUGAUGUUGUUGUCAAUUGUUCAGGUCUCGGAAGCAGAGAGUUAGUAGGUGACUUGAAGAUUUUCCCUGUGAGAGGCCAAGUCCUGAAAGUUCAAGCACCCUGGAUGAAUCAUUUUAUCAGAGAUGGGGAUGGACUGACCUAUAUUUACCCAGGAACCUUCAAUGUAACACUAGGUGGAACAAGACAGAAAGAUGACUGGAACCUGUCUCCAGAUCCACAAAAUAGCAGAGAAAUUCUUUCCAGGUGUUUAGCUCUUGAACCAUCUCUUCAAAGAGCCUGGGAUAUCAAAGAGAAGGUGGGCUUGCGGCCAUGCCGGCCAGGAGUGCGACUACAGAGAGAGGUAUUAGUAAAGGAUGGACAUCAACUUCCUGUAGUUCACAACUAUGGCCACGGUGCUGGUGGCAUAUCUGUGCACUGGGGCACUGCUCUUUAUGCUGUUCAGUUGGUCAAGGAAUUAAUCACCACCUUGAAAAUUUCCACCUCCAAGGCAAAGUUGUAAAUGAUGAGAUUGCAUAUGGUACAUUGUAAUUGGUCAUCAGCAACAGGCUUUAAUCGAAUCUUAAUAAAUGGUCCAAGGAUAUGGACAGCUUGUGGAUUAAGAAAUCAAAGGUGUAUAUAGUCAGAUUAAAAAUGCUCUAAAUCAUUAUUGAUUAAAGAAAUGCAUAAUAAAACUCUGAGAUAUCAUCUCACAUCUAUCAGAUUGGCUAAAAUGGUGAAAGGGGAAAUGGUAAGUGUUGGAGGGGAUGUGGAAAAGUGGGGACACUAAUACAUUGCUGGUGGAACUGUGAACUGAUCCCACCAUUUUGGAGAGCAAUCUAGAAUUAUGCCCAUAGAGUUAAAAAACUAUUUCCCAGCAAUACCACUAUUAGGUCUAUUUCCCAAGGAAACAGGGAAAAAGGAAAACAGCCUAUAUGUCCUAAAAUAUUUAUAGUAGCUUUCUUUGUGAUGGAAAAGAACUAGAAAUAGGGUUUGCCCACCAAUUUCAGAAUGGUUAAAUAUGUUGUGGCAUAUGAUUGUGAUGGAAUACUAUUGCAACAUAAGAAAUAAUGAGAAGGUUGAUUUAAAAAAUUUAUUUUUAUUAUCAUGCAAAACAUACUUCCAUAUUGUUCAUUGUUCUAGAUCAUUGCCAUUGCUGAGAGUAGCCAGGUUUUCACAGCUGAUCAUCAUGCAAUAUUGCUAUUACUGUGUGCAAUGUUUUCCCUUUUUGACUUAUUUCACUCUGCAUCAGUUCCUGUAGAUAUUUCCAGCUUUUUCAGAAAUCACCUUGCUUAUCAUUUCUUAUGGCUCAAUAGUAUUCUAUCACUGAUAUGUUCUACAAUUUGUUUAGCCAUUCCCCAAUUGUUGAAUAUACCUUCAAUUUCCAACUCUUUGCCCCAACAAAAAGAGCUGCUAUAAAUAUCUUUGUACAAGUAGGUCCUUUCCCCUUUUUUAUUAUCUCUUUGGGAAACAGACCAAUAGUCAUAGCCCUUAAUUUAUAAAAAAAAGCACAUUAUUAUGAUUUUUAUCCCGUCUCAGCUCUCAUAGACCUUUUUUCUUGUUGUUCUCUUAUUAGACUGAGCUAUUUAAGGACAGGGACUUUCUGUCUCUCUUUGUAUCCCCAGUACUUACUACAGUGACUGGUGUAGAGGAGAUAAUGAAUACUUGUUGAUAGGAGGUCCUGGGUUCAAAUGUGAUCUCAUAAACUUCCUAGCUGUAUGACCUUGGGCAAGUUAUUUAACUCCAAUUGCUUAGCCCUUGCAGAUCUUCUGCUUUGGAACUGACACUUAGUAUCAAUUCUAAGACAGAAGGUAAGGGAUAAAAAAAAAUGCUUUUUGACUGACUGUGUUCCAUGCUGGAAUCAAGCAAAUUCCAAGGAUGCUCAAAAAUGGGGCUAUUCCAUUAGAACCAUGAAAGCCUCAAUUAGCCAGGAUCCCAGACCUAUCUCAGUCUCUCUUGUGUCUUCCUAAGAGUCUGUGAAGCCCAUGCUUGUUUUCUCUCAAAUGCUAGUCAAGCCUAACUAUGGCUCGUGUACUAUCAAUGAUUGGUGGUCCUUUCAAAGUCUUCCCAAACUUUCAAUACAGUUCAAUAAAUAACUAUCACUUACCUCUUGAGCACAAAUCACUAUACUAGGGGAGGUACUGAAUUUAGUUAAGAUAGGGUUGUUUGUCCUCACAGAACCAGCUAUCAAAUUACUAAGGAGAUGAAAUAUAGAUUUUCCCAGUGAUAUAUGACAAAUACUGUACCACAAAAAGACCAUGUCAAAGUUAUUCCCAACAGAGGGGAUCAAGGAAGCCUUCACAGAGGAGUCAGUAUCGGAGUUGGGAUUUAAAGGAUGGGUAGGACUUCAACAAGUAGGAAAGGGAGGGUGAGGCUAUCCCAGACAGAGAAAACAAUAUCAGCAAAUGCACAAGAGCAGGAAAACCCAGAACACAGUCUGGGGAGAGAAUACCCCAGUUUAACUGGAGUAUUUGUUGUCAAGUGAUUUUUCUGUUGUGUCCAACCCUUUAUGACUCUAUUUGGGGUUUUCUUUGCAAAGAUUCUGAAGUGGUUUGCCAUUUCCUUCUCUAGUUCAUUUUACAUUUGAGGAAAUUAAGGCAAAAGGUUAAGCUACUUGCCUGGGGUUACAUAACUAGUAAAUUGUCAAGUUCGGCUUGAGGAAUUAUUCAUGGAUCAAUGAACUGAGAUGAGAAAAAUGGUUCUGGGAUUACAGGAGAACUGAACUGCCAGACUGACAGAUCAGACAUGCAGACAUCCUCUUGCCAGGCAGUGACAAAGUUUAUUGAUUUGGGGUGCACAAUUUAUAGGUAAAAUGACAUAGACUGAGAGAUUAGAUAAGCCUUUUGCAGGAACAAUGAUUAGUAAUGAUUUACGAGAUGGAAACACUGUAGAUUACCUUAGUGGUUCUGAACAGAGUUUUCUAUAGGAUAAUAAAUCACAGGUAAUAUGUCAAUUUAACAUGGCAAUGUAUGACCCAAUAUUGUAUGUUCUUCCCACAGAACUCUUUUAUUAUUAUUAUUAUUAUUAUUAUUAUUAUUAUUAUUAUUAUGUAUUUGUUAUUAUUUUCUUGGCUGGACAUACGAUAUUUGUUUUUCUCAUGCUAGAGCAGGCUACAUAUCUGGCAAUAUCUAAGCUAUGAUUUCCCAGAGAUCUUGCAAACUGGGGUGCAUUGGGCAUUCCACAGCCUUGCUGGAAUGUGUAUAAUUAGAAUCUGCUCCCCAGGACUCUAAAUCCCAGCAGCCUAUUUGUGUGUUUACCUAUGUCCAUACAUAGGGAGUAUAUAUUUUGAUGUAGCCCUAUCUCUUGUUGUUUUCCCCUGAUUGUGGCUGGGAAAGCUGGCUUUAUGCCAGGCAGGAGAACCUACAUAUGUGGGUUUAUUUUUUGUUAGAUAAUUAGGUUUGAACUUCUAUUUCUUUUAGUUUAUUUUCUUUCUACUUAAACUGAUUAUCAAUAAACCUUGUAAAAUAUGAUACUUGUAGUUAUUGGAUAUUAAUUUAAAUUUCACAAAUGGAAGCCCCUAAUCUUCUUAUGCUGUUCCCUCAGUAAGUAUCUGAGGUCAGAUUUGAACUCAUGAAGAUAAGUCUUCCUGACUCCAGGUUAGGCACUCUAUCCACUGAGAUAUCUGGCUGCCCCUUGACUGGAGCAUAGCAUACAGAUAAGGAAGGAAAAAUAGAGUGACUCUUGUUUGUAGAAUGAAUGCUAAACCAAGGACUUUGAAUGUUAUUUGGUAGACAAUGGAGAGGUCCUGAAGACUUUUUUGAGCAGAAAACUCUCAUGACCAGAUCUAUAUAUGAGAAAUAUUAUUCUAGGGGGCAGCUUGGUGGCUCAGUGGAUUGAGAGCCAGGCCUAGAGAUGGGAGGUUCUGGGUUUACAUCUGCCCUCAGACACUUCCUAGCUAUGUGACACUCUGGGCAAGUCACUUAACCCCCAUUGCCUAACCUUUACUGCUUUUCUGCCUUGGAACCAACACACAGUAUUAAUUCUAAGACAGAAGGUAAGGGUUAAAAAAAGAUUAUUCUGAUAGAGUAAUAUAAAGAAUGGGUAAGAAGAGAAAUUAGAGCCAAGAAGACCUGUUUAGAGGCUAUUGGAACAGUCCACGGUAUGGAAAUGAGGGUUCAUAUUAGGAUGAAAGCAGUGGGAAUAGAGAAGUGGGGGUGUAUGUAAGAAAUGUUGUGGAAAGAGAAUUGACAGCGUUUGGUAAGUAAUUUUGAGAGGUGAUGAGGAAGAAAGAGUAAAAGGAUGUUUUGAAUAUGGGCAAGCGGGCAGAUGAAUCCAGAAAAUGAUUAGAACUGGGACAGAGAGAAAGAGCUAUAUAAUAAUUCCAAAAGCCUGUUUAGUCCAAGUCAACAAGCAUUUAUUAACCACUUACUGUGUGCCAGGUGCUAUGUUAAUCCCUCAGUGAAGCUGUCUGGACAUUUAUUCCAUAGAGGAGCAGUUGGCCUAGAGCCAAUGGCUGCUAGUUAGGAAAUAUGUGGCCAUUUCUGUAAUGCAGCAUUAAGAGAUUUACAGCUUCAAAGUCUAAUGGGACAUGGGAGUGGGAGCCAACUAGGUUAUUAUCAUUGUAUUGCUUUACUAAUUUUGACUCUGUGCCACAUGCUUCAGGAAUGUCUUUUAGAAAUUAUCUGGAAACUUUAAAAUCUAAAGAUAUGCUACUAUAAUGGAAAGCAUGCUGCAUUAGAAAUGAGGGGUUUCUGCUAAUAACCUUUUGCAUGACCUUGGCCAAAUGACUUAUUUUUUCUAGGCAUCUCACCUGUAGUAAUGUUAGAUUAAGUAGCUUCAUUCCUUUAAUCAAUAUUUAGUAAGUGCCUACUAUGCGUAAGGUAUUGUCCUAGGUGCUGGAGGUACAAAUCAGCUAUAGGGAUAUAUCAUGCAAGCACAUAGCAAUAAUCCAAAUUUUGGUGGAUCUGUGCAGGGGAGAGGUCAAAUGAGUGUGUAAUUAGAAAAUCUUGAACCCUUGGACUCCAUCUCCCAGAAUUCUUUUCUUGUCCCAAGAUUCCUUUUCCCUUCCUUCACUCCUCCCUCUUGUGAGGCUGGGUGAGCUCCCUUUGCUUCUCUAGCCUUUUAUUUUCCUUUUUGCUUCAAGGUAUUAUUAAUAAAUCUUAUUAAAUAUAA